GCCACGUCCCUUCUCUCCGGUUCGAAAAUGGCGCGGCCACGGAGACCCGACGGCGCUUCUGCCCGCGUCUCCCUUCUCCUCUUGCUCCUUCUUCCCGCAGCCACGGCCACGUCGUACUCCUCGCUCUGCAGCUCCCCCGCCAAGCCGGCCGACCUCGUCGGCGCUGCCGGAAAAGACCAGUCCAUUUUCACGGACAUGCAUCACCUCCCCUUGCCGUCGGACGGCUAUUUCUUCGGCGGCUCCGAGCACAUCCCUGUCCCUCGCUCCUUCUCCUUGUUCACUCGCCGCUUGUCCCGCACCACCAACACCGACACCCUCCACCUCGUCGCCACGCUCAGCCUCUCCGGCUACCGCUCCAGCGGGCGCGGGCGGCAUGGCAACUUUAGCUCCCACUCCGUCUCGUUUGACCUGGAAGGUUACUACUCCACUGAACCUGCCUCUGACUCGGGCGUGCUCUGCAUGGUCGGGUCUGGCUCCCGCGCAAUGGAGGACGGCUCUGGGGUUGUCGUCGUCCCGGACGUCGUCCUCCGCCUACGGCUGCCGCGCCCCGCCAGCCUCAUGCGGCCCUUCGUCACCGGCAGCCUAGCGGGCUCCGACUUCGGCAACGUUACCCUCGUUGCCUACGCCAACGACGAUGGUGAUUACAAGUAUGGUGAGGCCUCAUCCUGGACCUGCCCGCCGCCACCCGACCCCGUGCGGUCCGCACGUCAGGUGCUCGACGCGGACCUCUCAUGCCGCCGCCUCGGCGAGAUGCUCCGGGUCUCCUAUGCCUUGGCGUACGCGGCGGGACGCGCGUCGAGCGGCUCCCCGCUACGUCAACGCUAUGGCAGCAUGCAGCUCAGAGAGUUGUACUGCGACGAGAACGACGCCGUGCGCGCGUACAUGGUGUUCGACCGCACCCCAUCAGACGGCAUGCUUCCAGGCAUCCACGGCUCGCGGUGGUGGCGUCGGCGUAGCGGUAGCUUCCAGGUCGACGUGGACGAGGGGCUCGUCGCGGAAGGGUCUUGGGACUCGUCCCGGAGCCAGCUCUGCCUCAAGGCGUGCCGCACCGUGCGCUCGAUGGUGCGCGAGGUCGACUGUGGCAUCGGGAUGAACCUCUGGUUCCCGGCCGAGUGGUCGAUCCAUGACCGGAGCGCCAUAGCCGGGCUGAUCCGGAACACGAGCACCAAGAGCGACGACGGCGACACCAACAACAUGUCCGGCACGAUAUCAGUGUCAUCAACCGACAGCUUCUGGGGUAACCACUCCGACAUCAAGUACAAGUACACGAGAGUGGAGGACGCCAUGAAGCACUACUACUCCAGGGCAGAGUUGAGCAUGCAGAGGAGUGGCAAGCUCCCAGGAAACUACUCGUACCGGGACUUCGCCUUCCACUUCUACAUGACGACGCAAGACGGAAACGGGGAGGCCUCGCCGGUCACGCUUGGCUCCGCCAUGGUUGACGGCACGUUCAUGGCCGACGACGAGUUCUCUCGCCACGCGGUGGCGGAGAUGAACAAGCAAAGGCUCCUGAGCGUCAGCUACGAACUCGACGUCCACUUGUAUCGUCACGUGAAUUCGUCCCGGAAUGUGUCGCGUAAGCAUGAUCGGUGGCGCAUCUCCGCGGAAGGCGUUUACGAUACCCAGUCGGGUUCCCUGUGCAUGGUAGGAUGCAGAGUGAUCGACGGUUUGUCGGACUGUGAGAUCCUGGUGACCGUCCAGUUCGCAACCCUUGACGGCGAGCUUGGAGCUGGGUCAAUCAGCAGCCUGAGGAAGAAGAACCACACCCUGUUCUUCGAGACACUGGAGAUUAGGGUGUAUGGCGCGGAGUCCGCCAUGGAGGUGGUGGAGGUUCUCUCGAGGAUGGACAUGGAGCGCAUCAUGCUGGUCAGCUCCAUGACGCUCUCCUGCGUCUUCCUCCUCCUGCAGCUGCGCCACGCCAAGAAGAACCCCGGCGCGCUCCCGGCCACGUCGAUCACCAUGCUCGCCGUCCUGGCCCUGGGUUACAUGAUCCCUCUCGUGCUCAAUUUCGAGGCCAUGUUCGUGGACGACGGCGGCGGCAGAAGCAACAAGCACUUCGUUCAGCUGGCGAGCGGCGGCCGGUCGCUCGAGCUGAACGAGCUCGCGCUGAGGGCCAGCACCAUGGUGGCGUUCGUGCUGCAGCUGCGCCUCCUGCAGCUCUCGUGGUCCGCGAGAUCAACGACGGCCCUUCCGAACGGCAGCAGAGACGAGCAGUGGACCGCCGAGAGGAGCACCCUCUGGAUAUGCCUGCCUCUGUACAUCGCCGGAGCACUGCUGAUCUGGAUCCCCCAUAUCGGCGACGGCCACAAUCAGGAGCCGAUGCCCCAGAUAAAGCUCGCCAUCGACGCGACUCCACCGGCGCUGCUGUCGGACGACCUCGUCUCCUACGCCGGCCUGAUAAUGGACGGCUUCCUGCUGCCCCAGAUCGUGUCCAACGCGUUCUCGGGCUCCAUGGCGAACGCCAUCUCGCCGUGGUUCUACGUGGGCGGCACGGCGAUCCGCGCGGCGCCUCACGUGUACGACGGGCUUAGGACUACGGGCUACGCGCAGAGGUGGAUGUCGUCGACGUCCUACGACGUCAUGGUGUACGCGGGCCCUCGCGACGAUCUCUUCAGCGUCGUGUGGGACGUCGUGAUACCGUGCGGGGCGGUGGCGCUGGCCGUGCUGCUCUUCUUUCAGCAGCGGCUUGGGGGUGGUUUCCUGUGUUGUGUGAAGAACAGGAAGCAGGAUGGAUACAAGGUGGUGGUCUCUACUCUCGACACCAGCGCUUAACUUGAUUAGCAACCCGUGGCGCUCGUAGAUGGGAUAAUCCGUCAUAAACUUAUUAAUUAGUUCGAUUUGAAUAGCAUUACUAAAUAACUAGUGGUGAAAUGGUGAGGGGAGCAAGUUCCAUUUUAAAAUGUAUUCCUGUCGGUUUUAUAUUA